AAAACAUAGGUUGUGUCGUCGGUCGGAAGGAUCGAGGGCUUGAGGCUCGGCUUAGCUCAGCUCGGACCAGAAACAGAUCGAACCCUUGCCGUCCAUCGUGGCCCUCGGCAGGAGGAUGAUGGGCACGAAAGAACAGGGCUCGGAGCUGCCUCCCGCAGCUCAACCCGACGACCGGAUCAAGCUCAACGUGGGCGGCAAGCUCUUCGAGACGACCGUCCGCACCCUCCAGUCGGCCGGCCCGGACUCUCUCCUGGCGGCCCUCUCCCUCCGCAGUCCCGCGACUGCCGCCGGCCCCGUCUUCAUCGACCGCGACCCCGACCUCUUCUCCGCCCUCCUCUCGCUCCUCCGCUCCGGCCGCCUGCCCUCUUCCGCCGCCGACCUCCUCGACGAGGCCCUCUACUACGGCCUCGACUCCCGCCUCCGCGCCGCCACGGCCCCGCCCCCGCUCCUCGGCUUCGACGCCUUCCUCUCCGCCACCCUCGUCCCCGCCGCCGACGCCCUCCCCACCGCCCUCUCCGCCGGCCCGGACGGCUCCCUCUGGCUCGCCCACGCCGGCCAGAUCUCCUCCUACGGCUGGACCCUCGCCCACGCCGGCACCCUCCGGACCCACCUCGACGACAUCGCCUCCCUCCGCCGCGUCUGCCCGGAGGUCGCCGCCCUCGGCUCCCUCGACUCCCCGGGGCUCCACUUCUACCACGUCGCCGCCGGCCGCCACGUCGGCUCCGUCCACUGGUCCGAUCCGACCGACCCGCGGGUGUACAAGGCCCGGGUCACCGCCAUCGCCGCCGCCGGCGACGCGGUCUUCGCGGCGUUCGAGUGCCCGCACCGGGAGAACUGCGUGCUGGCGGUGGACCCGGAGACGCUGCGGGUGGCGGCCGAGAUCGGGCGGCAGAGCGGGAGCAUGGUGAAGUCCGCGGCGCCCGGGAGGCUGGCGCACGUGCGGGAGUUGGGGCUGGUGUUCGCAUCGGCGGUGAGCGCGGGGGCGUUCGGGUACUCCGGGUACAUGCGGCUGUGGGACCCGCGGUCGGGGGAGGCCGUGUGGGAGACGAGCGAGCCCGGAGGGUCCGGGCUGAGCAGCCGUUUCGGGGACACGUUUGCGGACGCGGACGUCGACGGGGAGGAGCUGGCCAUCUACAAGGUUUGCUGGAAGUCCGGGGACGUCGGGGUGGCGGACCUGAGAAGGCUCGGGACCGGCGGGGGGAACGGGAUGGACCCCUGGGUGUACCCAACGACAGCGGAGCAGUGGAGUGCGGCGGAGGGGGGAGAGAACAGCAUUGUGCACUGUUACAAGAGGCAGGUGUUCGUGAGCCGAGGGAGGGGAUUGGAGGUGUGGUCGCAAUUGGAGAAGGGGAGUUAUAGGAGGAGCUAUGUGGACGGGGAGGAGGACGCCAGGCGGGGGAUGGUGCGGAGGAUGGAAGGCGGAGGUGACCGGCUGUUUGUGAGCAGGGAAGGGAUGGAGGGAGUAGAAGUGUGGGAGAGCUCAUAUUUGUCCCGUGCUGUCUCCCUUCCGUAGACCGUAACUUGUAAGUUGAAAACCUGCACAUCACGCAACUACCAAGUGUUUGUAGGAAUUCCUCUUAGCGCAUGUCCGGUUGCUCGAACUUAUUGAAGUGAAAAUAGUCACUUUUGAAAAAGCCACUUUGAAAAAAGUGACUUUUGACUUCGGUUGUUUGAUUGAUCUGAAGUUAAAAAAAGAAGAAGAAGAAGAGAAAACUGUAGUUUUGUGUCUUUGGUUGUUUGAUUGUACAUGAAUUGUAGUUUGAAAUUCAAUUUAAAUUUUAAAUUUGAAUUUA